AUGCCUGGUACAACUCCGUUUCCUAUGCCCAGUGGAGAUGGUGGUGGAGGUAAAGGUGCCAAAGAAGCGGUUUUGAAUUUUCAUGUAUGGAAUGAAGCCUGGUUUACCAGAGAUGAUCUUGGAUCAUUCUAUAAUGGAUGGCAGGUUCUGGAUGCAACACCACAAGAGACAAGUGAAGGAAUUUACAGGCUUGGACCUACAUCAGUUAAAGCUGUCAAAGAAGGAGACAUUAAGCUGAAGUAUGACUGCAUUUUCGUAUUCUCGGAAGUAAAUGCAGAUCUCAUAUCCUGGAUAUACAAUGAUGAGGAAGGCUCUUAUGAGAGAGUGGAAACUAACAUUAGUUCCAUUGGAAAAUUUACAAGUACUAAAGCUGUUGGCACCAAUGAUCGCAUUGAUAUUACAUCCCACUACAAAUAUGAUGAAGGCACUGCUGAGGAGAGAGAAGUGUACCACAAUGCCUUGCUUCAACUUUUUGGACGGAGAAAUAUCAUCAAUGGUGACGCAGACACAAGAAGCAUAGAAUCUCCAACUGCGAUGGCUAGAGUUGCUAGGAUGAGACCAGUCACUAGUCAGAACAUAAGGGGAAAUUUCAAAGAUUCUGAAUCCACUGUAAUUGGUCAAGAUGUGAAUGUAAUCUUAGCCCUUUACAAUUCUUCAGCUUCCAAAAAUAUAAUAAUUAAUUUCAAUGUCAAGAGUACAGGCUACACCAGGCGGCUGAUGAGAAGUGUGUUGAACGACACAAUGUCUAUAAGCAUGGAGCCUCAUGAAGAAAAGGAAAUUGCAUUCAACAUCCCAUACAGCAAAUAUAUAGAUUCUCUCACAGAUGAUAAAGUUCUGGAAGUCACAGCUUUGUGCAGAGAUGGCCUUCAGAAGUUACUCAUAUCCAAAGUGAUUACAAUACAAAGCCCCUCACUUAGUAUCAAGGUUCUGGACAAGGCUGUUAUUAAUAAUCCAUUCAAUGUGGAAAUCACUAUUGAGAACCCACUCAAUGAAACUCUCGAUGAAUGUGAGCUACGUGUGGAGGGCAGUGGACUCGUCAAAGAGCAGUUCAAGCGUGUAAUUUCAAUGAAGCCCAAGGAGAAGACAAAAGAAACUGUGGAAAUUACUCCUUACAUGAAAGGGUCUAAACAGCUGCAGGUCGUGGUGACGAAUCACAGAAUUAUGAAUUUCAAAGGCUAUACAAUCAUCAAUAUUCAGGAUGCAUAAGCAAUCUGUAUAUGAAAAAGUCUAAAAGUUUAAGAUAUUCCUUACAAUCAGUUUCAGUUGUAUCAAUUUGUUGCUUUUUAUAAUUUGCCAUUUCUGUCUUCUAAAUUAGUUUUAUUCCUAUUAUGCACACUCUUGGGACCUUGUUUCAUGGUGGCUUUGGACACACAGGGGCAAAUUUACUAAUGGUGUGCUACAUUACACAGUCUAAGAAUAUAAAUCACAGUCUUAAUGUUAGACAAACUUACUAUUCUGGCUCAUGGACCUUUGUAAAUUUGGAGUAUCGUAAAUUCUUCACCCGAUUUAUCCUAGAAUUUUUGUCCGUGCGCCAAACAUUCUGUCCGUGCACCAAAAAGAAUGUGUCUAGUCAAAGUUUACACUGCCUAUAAGUUGGCAAAGUUUUGCUCCAAAAUAUGCCAACAUUUGGUGCAUGGAGCUACAUCCAAGCUAUGCCCUUUUUCUAAAGCCAUACCUCGUCAGAUGAGACAUAAAAAGCGUAGAAAUAUGUGUAAAACGAUUAGCAAAUGUGAUGCAAAGAGUGCACGCCAUUUUUUUUUUUUUUUUUAGCAGAACCUGCACACAAAAAAACAGCCACAUUUUCAUGAGUAAAUUAGACCCACAAUGUUUCUCAAUAAAUAGUUGUGCAACAUAAAGGUUUACAUCAGGUUAUGUAAUGUGUGACCCGAAAUGACUGCAACAGUGAGCAGCGGAAGGAACCUGCAACUUACUUGGCAUGGCACUGUCACACAAGUUCUAUAUAAAAGUGUCCCAUAGUAAACAAUCAUGUUGUUGCUUUAAUUUUCCAAAGAACUUGAGAGAAAUAAUAUAUAUCUUAUUUGUUGCUAUUGGUUCCCUACAUUUUUCUCAUAAAUGCGUUAUAAAAAAUUCCCUGUUGUGAUACGUUCUCUGCUCUUCAUGUGUAACGCCCCAGAGUGGCAUUACCACUUCUUCACCCCGCUACUGUCUUUAAUGGGCUAAUAUAAUGUCAUCUAUGCAUUUUAUUCCAGGUCCUAUGCACUGUGCAUUUCUAAUGU